GAAGAGGCAGACCAUUAUCUGAGCGCCUGGCAACACGAACCGAGUGAUUCAUUCCAAAGUUGAGAUGGCUUAGCUUACUUUGCUCUUUCAUUUAAAUAAAAAAAAUGUCUACGACUUGGUUACGCGUCAACCUCUUUAGUUUAGGCUAAUAGUCCCGCUCAUAGUAUAUACUACUUCAACAAUGAAGUUAAUAAGUAAAGAUAUAGAAAAAGAUAAUGCCGGUCAGGUGACUCUGAUACCAGAGGAGGCAGAGGACAUGUGGCACACCUACAACCUGCUCCAAGUGGGGGACAGCUUGAGAGCCUCAACCAUCAGAAAGGUGCAGACAGAAUCCACCACGGGAAGCGUGGGCAGCUCGAGAGUUCGGACCACUUUGACGUUAUGUGUGGAGACCAUCGACUUUGACUCCCAGGCUUGUAAGCUGAGAGUAAAAGGCACCAACAUCGAGGAGAACCAGUAUGUCAAGAUGGGGGCUUACCACACCAUUGAGCUUGAGCUCAACAGGAAGUUCACUCUUGCUAAAAAGUGCUGGGACAGCGUUGUGCUGGACAGAAUCGAGCAGGCCUGUGAUCCGGCCCAGAGGGCAGAUGUGGCAGCUGUGGUGAUGCAGGAAGGUCUGGCCAACCUGGUGCUGGUGACCCCCGCCAUGACUCUGCUUCGGGCCAAGGUGGAGGUCACCAUUCCUCGUAAGAGAAAAGGAAGCUGCACUCAGCACGAAAAGGCGCUGGAUCGGUUCUACGAGGCUGUGAUGCAGGCGAUUCUUCGCCACAUUAAUUUUGAUGUGGUGAAGUGCAUCCUUGUGGCCAGUCCAGGGUUUGUGAAGGACCAGUUUUACACUUACCUCUUUAAAGAGGCGGUGCGGCAGGAUAACAAGGUUCUGCUGGAAAAUCGGCCCAAGUUCAUGCUGGUCCACUCGUCAUCGGGUCAUAAAUACUCACUCAAAGAAAUCCUCUGUGACCCCGCUGUGACGAGCAGGCUUUCUGAUACAAAGGCAGCUGGAGAGGUGAAAGCCCUGGAAGACUUCUACAAGAUGCUUCAGCACGAACCCGACAGAGCUUUUUAUGGAAUUGCUCAUGUAGAGAAAGCAGCCGAUGCCCUCGCCAUCGACACCCUGCUGAUCAGUGAUAAGCUGUUCAGACAUCAGGAUGUCCCCACUAGGAGUCGUUACGUUCGGUUGGUAGACAACGUGAGAGACAACGGUGGAACUGUCAGAAUAUUCUCAAGCCUUCAUGUGUCCGGUGAACAGCUGACUCAGCUGAGCGGAGUGGCUGCCGUCCUGCGUUUCCCCAUCGCUGACCUAUCAGAGCCGGAGGACGACAGCAGCUCAGCUGAAGACUGAUCCAGCACACCAGAGUUUUAUUGAGAACGAGACGACUCGUGGUUACACGUCGCAGUGAAUCUGUUGGAGGACACCACAGCAGUCUCAUGUUCAACCAUCUCCAACAUCAGCACCUUUGCCUUCCUGAAGUGGCCAUACUUUCACAUGACUGGAUGCGUCUGAAUGUUUGAUGCUUUUAGUUUGAAGGUGCCUUCACAAAAGAGCCGAGGCUGAGAAGUUGCCAUAUUCAAAAGAAAACAAAUCACCUUUGUAGCAGCAGAGCUAACCCUCCUUCAUCCAGUUGUAUAUACAACUUACUCUUCUUGCAAAUAAACAGCAGA